AUGUCAAGGAAGAAGAUCCCAGGAGAAAAAUCUAAGUCCCUAACCAACACCAGCUACAAAGGAAAUUUGACGCAGAAUCAGAUUAAGAGGAUGAUCAAAGAAGCAAAGGAGAUGGCAGAGCAAGACAAGAUAGCCAGAGCAUGUGUGGAUGCCAGGAUCGAGCUAGAGAGUUACAUCUAUGAUGCCAAGAACUCCUUUCUCAGUGGUGAUGGGCUGCAACAGGUGGGUGAUAAGAGGGGAAAUGUGGAGAUUAUCUGUUCCGUGAGAGCAGCCUCAUGUUGGUUGGAUGAGAAACAAGGCGCUACCAGAGAAGUUUACGAGAAGAAGCCGAACGAGCUGAGAGGGGUUUGGGAUCCCAUUCUAAUCACGUAUACACCAUCAUGA